CGAGUAGGUUAAUACACUGCAACUUCAAGCAUGCAUUCCAUUAUACGAAAUGGGGAGCGUGGGUUUACCAGACUAGCUAUUUAUCAAUAACAUUGGGAUUCUACGAAAUCUAUUUCUUGUCUUCAAUUAAUUUAUUAGGAAGUCGUCAGAUGGUUUAGAUAAUUUACGCCUUUAUUAUAGAUACGUUCCAUUUGAUAAGUGAUAACAGAGUGAUUUUUUAUUCAUUUGCAAUCUAAAUCGCGCAUUUAAGUGUAUGUAGUGUUAUAGUGCUCAUAAGAACUACAUCAGUUUAGACUACGAUGUAUUAAUACACUUUAUAAGUGGAAUAUAAUUUGCUUCAUGUUGUGGUAACAAAAAAAAUCUCAAAAUGACAGAUUCCAAUAAUGAUAGGAAAGAAAUGAUGGAUGAAAUAAUAAACAAAAAAAAAAUGGGUGAUAAAAAGUUUCACUCGGAGUCGUCCCUGCAGAAUCUUGAUGAAGAAAUCGGGCUAGAAACACCGGACCCUGGGGUGUUAAACAAAGCAAUCAAUGGAGCCGCAGUCACAGAUGACUAUCCGGAGCGUCGCCGGACCAUGUCCCAGCCUGGACCAGUCUCUGGGGGUUUGGUGACGGCCACAGCUGCCAGAGCAGCAAGAAAACGACCUCCGAGAAGUGUGGCUUAUGCAGAUGAAGCUGAACAGCUACCGAGGCUUGGCUUUUUGAACAAAGGGGAUGAUUCUGGACUAGCUACGCCUACAGGUGACCGUUACAGCCCCAUAGUUUACCUGAAUGGAACUAUGAGGAAUGGAGACGCCAAAUCUUUAAACAGUUACCGAAUGUUCGCUUCGACUAAUGACUUCCGCGGGGUCGGCACGCCGCGCAAGAGGUCCGUGGCCACCAUGGACGCCCAAUCACUUCGCUCUUUGGAAACACAAGCACCGCCACCGACCAGCCCCGAAGAUAACAAGAAGAUGACCCAGAAAUAUCUCACACUAGUCAUAGGCUGUAUAUAUGCCACAGUAUUAGUCACGAUGGGUUUCAUUGUGUACAUCAGCAGUCCCGUUGUGGGGAAUGAAAUAUCUAUAUAUUUCUCUAUCGUCCUUUUAAGUAUUGGAAUGCUGUAUCAUUUAUAUUUAUUAUUCGACAUAAGCCGAUAUAAAUCCAUAGCGUUGAAAAAUCAGAGAAUCAAAGCCUUGCAUGAAGAGAAAGUGGCGGAUUACUUUAGGAGACAAGAGGAGGAAUAUAUGAAUACGCCAAAUGGUGAUCGGUCACCGGAGAACCGGACAGUACCGAUUCCACAACCGGUACUAAUACCGCUUUCGCACGACUAUUGCUUCAACUACGGAAGACACUCUGGCAGCUUCUUUCUCAAACUAGGAGCUGCUGCAUUCGCACUGGGCCACCUGAUCCACUCGACACUUUUGAUCGCCGUGCAAAUAGCCCAGCUGUUGGACGAAGAUGUUGACAAUGACGACUGUGUGGUCAUAUCGCAAGUGGUGCUGGACGUUCUUUCGCCCUUCUACAGCUUUGUGCAGCUUUAUUUCAUCUUUAAAUACUCCAACGUCAUCAUAUUGAAAUCACCUGGCCUUGCACACCUUGCCAUAAUGCAUAUAAUCGGCAGCAGCCUAUGUUUCUGGUUAUCAGCGAUCGUAAGAGAAACAAUACUGGCACUGACACUAUACGCCAACUCUAUUUACGGGAAUAACACUGAUUACGAUAAUUUUGUCACAGGUUUUUCAGAAGCAGAUUCCCGUUUCAUAGAUAUAAGUAGUCUCUACAAUUCGCAUUGCGCCGGAUCAACUUCACUGAUGGAUAUUAUUCAAAACAUAUCACCAUACUUAUAUCCAUUUAGUGUGGAAUUUAAUAUUCUAAUUGUGGCUAUAUACUACAUCAUUUGGAGCAACAUUGGCCAUUGCAAGAGUGAGGACACUUCAGAGUCUGAAACCUCGAGCUUGAUGGACAACGCAACUGUAUGCAGAAUCCCCACUGCACACGAGGACAACGACUACACGAGUAACAUUGUAAUCCACGCAGACUGCCACGCCUCCAACCGCGGCUUGUUCGUCGGCCUUAUCCUCAUGGUCAUCGUCGCGGGAAUGCUCAUCAUUGGUUACGUUUUCAACAGCGUAGGCGAAGAAUUCUUGGGAGUUGGUCAUCUACUGGGCGACUGCACAAUGCUGAGCAUGCACGUUAUUCUGCUGUUCGCGGUAGUCUUCGCCUUUAAUCAAUUAAGGAAAUUGGAUAUCAACGAACAUCCGAUAUCUCUGUUGGAUGACGUACUCCUGUUCAUAUGCAUACCCGCCUUCGUGCUGGAGACGACGUUCUCUCUCGUGGCCACUGUGAGUCUCACGAACGCUGUCGCAAUAGCUAAUUACACAAUCAUGGCGGUUCAAGUACUAGUUCAAACGCCACUCAUCAUGGACGGUCUCCGUCGGUGCAGCAACUCGAAGAAACUUCGCCGCACCAAACCCGGAAGAGAACUUCUUAUGUUCCUCAUCAUCGCCAACGUGGCCAUGUGGCUCUUCUACACCUUCAAAUACAAGUCACCAGACAGCCUGGACGAAAGAUACACCUUCUACGGCAAAGUGCUCUGGUCUAUACUGGGCCACGUCGGUCUACCCCUGAUUAUGUUCUACAGAUUCCACUGCAGCGUAUGUUUCGCCGAUAUUUGGGACUCCGCGUAUAAGCCGGGCUCUGAGCACUAAAUAAUUAAAUAAAGGUAAUGUAAGCUGCUAAUGAAAAAAAAUAUUUAUGAUUAUACUAAGUUUAAAUAAAUAAAUAAAUAAAUAUUCCCAACACUCACACCAAUUAGCCUAGCCCCAAAGUAAGCACUAUAAGGCUUGUGUUAUGGGAUACUAGGGUAACGGAUAGAAUACAAAUUCUUUACUUAUAUAAGUAUAUUUAUAUAGAAAUACAUAAAUAUUAAACAUCCAUGACUGGAGUACAAAUGCUCGUGUUCAUCACACAAACAUCUGCCCCCACCGGGAUUCGAACCCGGGACCUCUCGAGUCGGCGACGCCAUGAAACCCGGCGUACAAACCACUCGGCCACGGAGGUCGUCAAAGCAAGUUUGGGCUUUGAAUAUGAAGAAAUUUUGUUCAAAUAUGAUAUCCGUGGUGUGAGUGGUAUGGACAUCGAUUUUCAAGGUGUCCGCAUUAAGUCUGCUCAUGGUCGGUCUCCGUCGGUGCAGCAACUCGAAGAAAUUCCGCCGUACCAAACCCGGGAGAGAACUUCUUAUGAUUCACAUCAUCGCCCACAUGGCUACGAGGUUCUUCUACACCUUCAAAUUAAUGUCACCUGACAGCCUGAACGAAAGAUACCCCUACCCCUACUACGGUUAAGUGCUUUUGUCUAUACAGGGCCACGUCUGUCUACCUCUGAUCAUGUUCUACAGAUUCCACCGUAGCGUGUGGUUCGCUGAUAUUUGGGACUCUGGGUUUAUGCCGGGUUCUGAGCAUCUAAUAUAUGAAAGUAGUUUAAGGUACUUAUGAAAUAAGAUAUUUAUAAGAUUUGGCUACGAAUAUGAGCGAAUAUUAUACAAUCUUAACAAAGGUUUGAGUUGUUCCCGUAUUUUGUUUGCAUCACUCAAAUAACUGUAAUUGACAGGGUCAAAAUUAAGGACGCGUUCCCAUUAUGUCGUUACGAAAAAUCAUCGUUUCAUAUAAAGCGUCGUGGCUUGUAUAUUUCAAUGGUUGUUCUUUUGUUUGCUCUUUUGUUUGCUCAUAGUAUAAAAUAUAUUAUGUAAAAUCCAUUCUAUUUCGAUAUCGAAUCGAUUUUAUAUACAUAUUUCAAUCGAUCUUCGUCAAUAUGUAAGAACGCAUCGAAAUACGCCGUACGACCGAACUGGUCUCUCUGAUACGCGACGAAAACACCAAGUCUGCCCUUUAGUACGCACUAGCACUAGUUUUGCCAAGCGAAAUUAUUUUUUCCUUCAUUGCUACCUGUAUAAUAAAAUUAACAAAAUUCUCAAAAUCCACCAUAUACAGAUGUCGGAAAUGAAGAGAGUAAUCUCAAAUUGGCUAUUGCAACUGGAUUAUGACGCUACAGAAAAAUUAUUAACAACUGCUUUUUAAUUUGUGAAAUAGGUAUGUAUACUAUUUAUACUAUGUAUGUAAUAUAACAUACACACAAACACACACUUGCUAGUAUUUAAAAUAUAUAGACAUUUAAGCGUUAUCCUGUAACCCGCAUUUACUGAUAAAUGGCGGUAACUUUCUUUUUCUUUUGCUUAUAAUUCUGUUAUUAAAUUCACUAUGGUUCUGUAACAUUCAAUGUAACAUUAACUGAUAUGUACUAAAGGAUUCAUGUAAUGCAUAAGAAUCUCUAGCAAACGGGCUUUAAGAGGAUUUGAGCCUGGGGGUCGUAACACAGGUUUUGUAACCUAGUACAAUCCCCAGCUCUCUCAAAGAACUGCAUUGUUAUUACUGUUUUGUCAUUCAAUACCCUUUAAUUAACUAUAAUGUUACUUUGUGACUUUGUGAGAGAAAAUAAAUAAAUCAUUCAUUCAAUAUGUUAUUCCUUUACGGAAAAAAAAGUCGUGUUAAAUGAUUGGUUUUUUAUAGACACACGAUUUUGUAGAGGGCAUAAUCGUCCAUGGGUGGCUAUCAUCACCUGCAAUCGUGAGUAAUCGAUAAAUUGUCGGUAAAUACCUCAAAGAGAUGCGUGCCGGUGGUUGCCAUGCCGCUGUCACUUCGACGUCCAUCUUCAACAGACGAAAGAGACGUAAAUAAACAGUCACGAUUGUCGGAGAGCAAACCAUCAUCGCGGGAAUGAUAGCCACUUUUUUAAUCGUCAAUCAUGGGCCAUUUUGAAGAGGCACCUAUAGAGUAUAGAAGGCCGAAGCGACGCAAAUCGGCCGAAUUGCAUCGCAUCGCUCCUUUAGGAUAUACAUGUAAUUAAAAUCUUCAUUCGACUCGAUAUCGCUCGCAUGACAUCGUAUCAUGAGUAAACAUGCUAACGAUAAACAGUCGAUAUAAUGGGAAUAGCUAGAGACGACAGUUGUUCAACGAUAAAAUAUACGUCAAGGCAUAGUGGGAACGCGCUCUCAGGCCCCGGGGGCUAACGGAAAUACUAUGGCUACCGCUAUAGCUUACUAUUUUAUUUCAUCAUGUCUGACUGCCGAAGGUUUUCAAAUACUUUACUCUCAUUUUUUUUGAUAUGGUUGUUACCAAUACAAAAUAAAAAAAGAGAGCGCGGGGCAACCAAAAACCUUCGGCGGUCAGAAAUAAAAAAAAUGAAAACGUAAGAGAUAACGAGAGCCAUACCAAUCCCGUUAGGCCAUUGGCACCCUGUUGUUUAGAUCGGUAGUAAUAGUAAAAGUUAUGUAUUUAACUUGAAAUUGACUAGUAGUCACAUCUAACUUUAAAUCAAACGAUGAGCCCUAAGUAGUAUAUGAUCUUACACCAUCUUUAUUAAUAAAUAAGGUCAAUCAUAGUGUUUAUAAGUAUUUAUAUGACCUUAUAUUCUUCUGCAUAAUAUUUAUGUGCUUAGUCUUUUAUAGAGAUAUUCUUUUAAGAUAAUAAAAAUAUUAGUAUAUAUUGAUAGGUAAAAAUUAUAUCGCAUAUAAAGAAUAGCAUGCUAACAUAAAUCACAAACAAAUAUAGAUUGUAGUUACAUACGAACUAAGCAGACUGUCAUUAUCUUGUAUAGAAUAAUUAUUAAGUUACCGGUAAAAAGUGAAUUUAUAAAUAACCCUUGAUGGAAUAAAUUAACUACAACAUGAUUUAAUUUUUUAUUUAC